AAGUUAUAAAUAUGUACAUAUAUGAUCCUUGCCCAGAUUCCCGAGAUUUUUAAUGUGGCCCUUUCUGUAAUAGGUCAGUAAAUGAUUAUGUUAUCUUUCUUGUUGUGGUGUAGUAUCACACAUAUUACAAAGAAAAUAAGACAAAUUUUGAUUAAUUAUAUAAUCUAAAGAAAAUGUUAACACUUCGUAUUAGAAGUUGAGAAUUCACGGAACUUAACAUACAAUGCGAAGAGACACUUUGAUAACUUUCCCGAGUUGCUAGCACAGACCAAACCUUUGAUAACACACAGUGAACAUCCAAUUUGAAUUUUUUACAUUUUAUUUGGAUCUUAUGCAGCAUUGGUGGACAAACCAAAAGAGUCUGGAACUUCUUGUGCUUCAGUAGACCUUUGUUUGCUCCAGGAAACACAGGAUUAUUCUGUAAUUCUAAUGCAGUGGCAUGACUGCGCGGCUGACAACACGUGCCGAAACACUCACGUCACCUUUGGCGGCUCGCGAGAUCGGUCGGUGCGAAUAUUAUCAGUAUGCUAAUCCCUCCUGACGCCCGUGUUUGAGAUGCAACAGAAGAAGACUGCCUUCAAUAAUUCGGAGCGACUUCUAUUAGCUAGGCCGUUAUGAUACUCAACUUGUGCGUCCCCAGUGUAAAUCGUCAUCGGAAUCAUAGAGCUAGCACUGUCUAGCAUUUGAAUGACUCACGUGCAGAUUUCUUUUCAAUUUCAACGAAAGGAGAAUCUGUGACGUAGACUUAAUGUUUUCCGUGAUUGGCCGUACCCACUGCUGUGGACUGCAGUUUCGCUUAAUGAAGGCUCAUCAGCACAGCUUGGAAUCUUUACAAAUUAAAGGUCUGUAGAAAACUCCAAGGAUGUCCCUGUUUUACAUAAAGUAUCAUUUUCCAGUACAACCACAGAGCAGCCACUCCCACUCCUAAUCUGAUAAAUCAUGAUGAUAACUUUAGUUUCCAGCAUCGUCUGUACAGUUAGUUUCAGGUACUUCAUUGCUUCACUACUUGAGAAAAUGAAGUCUGUCUAUUCAGAAGCAAUCCUUGGAAUCUUAAUUAUUAGUACUUUGGAGCUAAUGGCAGUUCAUUUGGAUCCUUAUCCGUAUUUGUCCCACAUGAAAAGAGGCACGUUGCAAGAUAAAAUUAAAAGCAAAUUAGAUAAGUUCUUCAAUAGACUGUUGGCUCCAGAAUCAAGCACAAGAUUCACAGUGCCUGAAAGUCUCAAAGAUGAGAAACAUGGAAUUAAAAUGGGAAUAGCCAGUUCUCUUUGUGAUGAUGGAAAGGUAAAAAAAAUAAGUCCUGAAAUUUUUACACUUUCAUCCACUAAAAGUCCUGUAUAACUUGUAUGAAGGUUGGAA